UAAUUCAAAUUUUUAAGAAGUUUGGUAUCUAACACCGCUUUUCUCUUUAAUAGGAAAGCAAAAGUUAAAAGGGUUUUGGCAUUGCAAGUAGAGAAGAGGGAAGUGAAAGAAAAAUCUAAAUAUGAAAGCAUUUCAGACCAUCUGCAUGCAACUCAGGUCAAAGGGGUUUUUGGUAGAACCAGACCCCCGUGUGAGAUUCUCCACUUCCUCUUGCUUAUGUGACCGGAAAAAAAAAGUGAGCCCUUAUGAAGAAGUAAAUCAAGAAAAAUAUUCUAAUUUAGUAAGGUCUGUCUUGUCGUUCAGAAGCCCUGUUCAAACUCCAGAAUCAUUGUUUGAGGAAGAUACUUUACUCUAUGGACCUGUGAGUAAGAGUAAGCAGCCAAAGCAAGAUGAGGAAGCAAGUGUUCCACGGAACUGGUUUUCUCUCUUCAAUCCAGAGAGACGCAUAAAACCAAAUGCAACGUGUGAUCCUACAAUUCCUUUGAAAAUUCCUUUGCAAAAGAAUAUGAUACCAAGUGUGACCCGGAUCCUUCAGCAGACCAUGACAUCAGAACAGAUUUUCUAUUUGGAGAGGUGGAAACAACGAAUGAUUCUGGAACUGGGAGAGGAUGGUUUUGCAGAAUACACUAAAAACAUAUUUUCACAAGGGAAACAGUUCCAUGAAGCCUUGGAAAGCAUACUUUCACCCCAGGGAAACUUAAAAGCAAGAGAUGAAACUCUCCUUGAACUUGGCUAUGUUAAAAGUGUCCAACAUAUUCUAAAAGAUGUCAGUGGAGUGCAAGCUCUUGAAAGUGCUGUUCAACAUGAGACUUUAAAGUAUGUAGGUCUACUGGAUUGUGUAGCUGAGUAUAAGGGCAAGCUAUGUGUUAUUGAUUGGAAGACGUCGGAGAAACCAAAACCACAUAUCCGAAAUACUUUUGACAAUCCACUGCAAGUUGUGGCAUACAUGGGUGCCAUAAACUAUGAUACCAACUAUAACUUUCAGUCCCCAACUUCCAUACAGAACUCUUCUCAUCACAGGGACAUGAUCGCAUCCAGCCUCAUGCACUCUGCUUUCCAGCAACACCCAAGUCCCAGCUCCACCUCGGUCCUCAUCCUGGGUCUCCCACCACCUACUCAACUUGUCCUUGUGCUGAUGACACAUUUGGGUGUCUCGUAA